CGAGAAUAAAACUAGUAUUGGGUUUGGGUUUGGCUCUACUAUUGCUCUCAAAUAGCAUUAUAUUCUGAUAUCAUAUAAGCAAACGUAUUAUAUUUACAUUCAAUAUUGUAUCUCAUCUUUAGCUGCAUUGCGACAACUUUGACGACACUAAGACAUACUAAGACAUCGCUUGUUAUUUUAACGUUAAAGUAAAGUACUAUUAAAGUUAUGCCGAGACCAGUGACCGCACAGUCCCGUAAUGAGAUGCGAAUGCAGGAAAAGGCCGGACGACAGGCAAACGUCACUAAAGAUCCGAUCGAGAAAUUGAGACUCCGGUGCCUUCAAAGAGGUGCCACUGGUAUACUAGGGCUCGGAAAGACUUUUCGGAUAAUGGAUGACAACCAAAACGGUGAUCUAUCACUUGAAGAAUUUACUAAUGGUGUCAAAGAUAUUGGUUUGGAUGUUAGCGACGAUGAAAUUGUUGAUAUGUUUAAACAGUUUGAUAGGGAUGGCAACGGAACCAUUAAAUAUGAUGAGUUCUUAAAAGCUGUUAGACCACCAAUGAAUAAGACUCGACUUAAUUUAAUAGAUAUGGCAUUCAAAAAGUUGGACAAAACAGGUGAUGGAGUCGUAACGUUAGAUGAUUUGAAAGGUGUCUAUAAUAGCAGAAGUCAUCCCGAUUAUCAAAACGGACAGCAAACAGAAAAAGAACUUCUGGAGGGAUUCAUCAAGAAGUUUGAAGAGGGAGGUUAUAUUGAUGGACAGUUAACAAAAGAAGAAUUCAUAGACUACUACUCAGGAGUUAGCGCUUCAAUAGAUGAAGACAUCUAUUUUGAUCUAAUGAUGAGACAGAGUUGGAAACUGUGAUCUCAUUUAUUAUAAUACUGUACAUCAAUAAUACCAUUCAUUUAUUAUA